AUGGCGCGUCGCUCUGCUCGCCUGCUCAAGCGCGAGACCACGCCCGAUGCCUCUGCCGACGAUAGCUGGCACACGGCCUCUUCGCCUGGCCUGAAGCUUCCCGACCUCCCAGAACUGCCAGAACUGCCAGAGCCCGGUAUGGCCAAGACACCAUCAAAGGCCUCCGAGGGCCUGCAGCCGCCGUCCAGGUUGCCGCAAGCAAAGACAACUGCGACGCCGACUGCGACUCCUCACAAGAAUAAGGCGCUCCUCGCAGCCGCGAGCCAAACGCCCAAGGACCGUACGCCGAUCAAGCCUGCCGGACAGGAGAUGCAUCCGGCGCAUCAUCGCGCCAGCACAGCCAAGGUCCUGGACGAAGCGCGCUGGCUCGGGUUCCAGUCGCUCGGCGCCCACACCGCACCACCAAAAGCAAUGGGCCUGGCCGGUCAGGGAACGCCGUCCAAAACCCCGGUGCCUAGUGCUGCUACUACCAAGCAAGAUGUUGGGUCGUCGCCCGAGUUCCGCUUUCGCUUCAAGUCGCCACUUCCUGCGUUGAACAAGUCGGCCCAGGAUGAAGCUACUUUGAGCCCCACGUCACGCAACAUUUUGAGAGAAGCUGGCAUUGCGGGUACACCAGGUGGAGGGACUCGCGCCUUGUUUGGCACCAGCGAAUGGUCUUCCAAGGACGAUGUGUCUCCCCAGCGCAAGAAGGCCGAAGCCAAGGGCAAGAUGGCGCGCUUCAGCGAUGUACACAUGAAGCAGUUCAAGAACAUGGAUUCCAUCGCGAACCACGCUUCAGCCUUCCGUGCCGAUCCGAGUCGGUUCAAGCCUGUCGUAGGCCCAUCCCUGAAGAAGUCCAACUCGAGGUCGGACCUUGCGAAGCCCGAGACGAACAAGCUCAAGCGCACACAGUCAAAGGCGGAUCUUGCCGAGUCAAGCACAAAGAGCGACAUUGGCUUGAAGCGCACACAGUCCAAAAUGGACCUUGCCGGUCCCAGCGCCCCUCGAUCUGAGUCGACCACCCGCAUGCCUCCACCUGCCCGCAGUGUGCGACCGGCCUCAAGCGAUGGCGACAGCAACCCGGGAUCGAAGCGCGUCAAGCGCACAGAAUCCGAUGAUGCUGCUACAACUCGUCCUGCGUCUCACGAGAGCAAGGGCAAAGCUCCUGUUGUUGCUGCUACCCCACGCAAGAUCACGUCUCAAACUGCGCUCCCUCGUGUAGCCGCUCGGCUGAUGACGCCCACAAAGUCGUCCAUUGCUCGUUCACAGAGCGUCCAGACUAUGAAGACGACCUCGAUGAUCCCAACCUUUGCAAGAGGGCCUUCUACCAACGCUCUUGCCAAGUCACCGUCCGCAAGUCGUCUGCUCUCUUCGCCGAGUAAUGUUAGUCACUUGCAGGCCAUGAGAGAUGGAGCGAGAGAGAGCCUUCGCAAGGAGGUCGAUACUUUGACGGCGUCGCCUUCACGGCGUCUCACCUUUGGCGGCGCGGCUCCUAACCACCCGCGCCCUAUUUCAACUGGUACCAUCCGCAUGGUUCGCCAGAGUGAUGCUCCAUCUGGCAUUGAAGUCAAGAAGCGCAAGCUAGACACUGUUCAAGAGACGUCUGACAAGGAGAACGAUGGACCCACCGAGGAAGAUACGCGUUCCGCUAAGAAGAUGAAGCAUGCGCCCGUCCCAACUCCGAAGAAGCCAGCCAGUGCAAGCAAACUAUCUGGUCACACCCCAGGACGUCGUACGAACGGCAUGAGCAAGUCGAGACUCGCUUUCCUUGCUACGCCUAAGCGGAGCAAGGCCUAGGAUGUACCACAGAAGUUGCGAUUCUGUUUGGAUGCGGACGUCUCCUAUUGCACGUAGCGAGUUUCCCGUAAUCCUAGGGCGUUGUUCUUGGGGAUAUGUUCUCACUCCAUUUUCUUUUCACUUCCUGGCGCCCCGGUUAUAAUGAUUGCGGUUUCAUCACACGAAUUACGGCAUUUCCGUUCAGUCACAUUUCCUGUCUUGUCUUUCUUCUCAAGUCACUGCAUCUGGGGGUAAUAUCUGGUAGUCUUGCACGGACAUGAGCCUUCGGAGUCGCAUGUAUCCAAUGGGUACUAUAUCUGGUAUCACAAAAAGUGUCCUAACAGCCAGGCUUUGUUUGUUUCGUGUCCAAUGAAAAAUCCAAUGUAUGCGUUUUAUCCAUAACUGAUGCAUAAACCCCAAGUGUCAGUGAUGUGGCUUGCAGACGUAGUUUCUGCUAAAUGAUGCAAGUAGAAUUUCGUUAUCUGUAUGAGCUUUUGAAAGCGUUGUGCCGCUAAUAUAAAUCACUUGACACCGUAGUAUAAAAAAUCGUUGUAGGCAUCAGAUACACUUAUUUGGAAUAGAAUAUAUACCC